UUGAUAAUAAGGUCAAUUACGACGAAGGGCGGGACAGUCGCCAUCUGGACGCCGGAUGCUUUUUCUUGGCCCUGACUGGAACGGCGGUCGGGGCAGUCGUGAGGGUGAUGGCGCCUCUGUGGGGAGUGCUGUGGGUUGCCUCGGUGCUUCUGGCAGUUGUUUCUGCCAAUGAAUUCAGUGUAUUAAGAACUCCUGAAUCUGUUAUAUUUCGAGAAGGAAAUUGGCCAAUUCCUGGAGAACGGAUCCCAGAUGUGGCAGCCUUAUCCAUGGGCUUCUCUAUUGAGGAAGAUCUCUCUUGGCCUGGGUUAGCAGUAGGUGAUCUCUUUCGGCGUCCGCGAGCUACUGUUCUUGUUACUGUAACGGGGAUAGACAAGCUAACAAUGCCUAAGAAUGGAGUAUCUUACCCAGUUGAAAAUGCAGUUCCCUUCAGCCUGGAUGGGGUUGCAAAUGCAAUACAUACUUUAUUUUCUGAGGAAACGCCAGUAGUUGUCCAACUAGCUCCUAGUGAAGAAAGAGUUUAUAUGGUGGGAAAAGCAAAUUCUGUUUUUGAAGAUCUUUCUGUCACACUGCGGCAGCUUCGGAACAGACUUUUCCAGGAUAACUCCAUUCUUGCUUCCCUUCCCCUCAACUCAUUAAGCAGAAACAAUGAGGUUGAUCUCCUCUUCCUGUCAGAAUUGCAAGUUUUGCAUGAUAUCACAAGUUUGCUUUCUAGACACAAACAUCUGGCCAAGGAUCAUUCACCAGAUCUAUAUUCUCUAGAACUUUCUGGGUUGGAAGAAAUAGGUAAAAGGUAUGGGGAAGAUUCACAGCAGUUUAAGGAUGCUUCUCAGAUUCUUGCAGACUCUCUGCAAAAGUUUGCAGAUGAGAUGUACAACAUCUACAGUGGGAAUGCAGUGAUAGAAGUGGUAACUGUGAAGACUUUUGAUACUCCCUUUGUGAGAAAAUCCAGAUCUAUUCUACAAUCCUCAGAGAGCAAGCCUGAAAAUCCAUAUAACCUAGGAUAUGCAUACAACUUUAACUAUGCUGUUGUCUUCAAUAUAAUUUUCUGGAUCAUGCUUGGACUGGUGAUAGCUGUGAUUGUUAUCUCCUACAAUCUGUGGAAUAUGGAUCCAGGCUAUGACAGCAUCAUUUAUAGAAUGACCAACCAGAAAAUUAGAAUGGAUUAACCUUUAAAUGCAAAUCUAAGAGGAGACAUGCUUCUUCAGUAUUCUGGCAGCAUUCAAUAUGGACUCUUCAUGGUGUGAAUAUUUUUAUGAAGUAUACAUUUGUUUUGUGAGGAUAUAUUAAAGGGUAAUAGCGGGUGUAGCCAAUGUGCAGAGUUUAAAAUGAGCAGUACUACACAACCAUGAGCUAAUUCAAAUUGAAAUAUAUAUUUAUUCUACCCUGUGACUGUGCAGUGCGCAUUUUGCUGUAGGGGUACUUCUUUAUAUUGCUUAUGACUAAUGUUCUAUCAUUCUUACCCUGAAAGUUUAGGAUGUUUUCUUGAACUAUGUUAUAGAUGAAUAAAACAAUUCAUGAUGUAAAUAUUUCAAAUGUUAGGAUUUUAAACCUAUUAAGCUUGAUUAUCCAAUGUAAAAGUUUCUUUAACCAGAGGUACAUUUUUAACAUACAACCUUGCUGUACAUAUACGUAUAUUCACCCUAAAUGUUUAUUCAAAGUUACUCUGUUUCUUAAAAUAAUGAAAUUACCUUAAAGAAGAGAAAUACAUAUGGGUGCAGCAUCUGUAUUAAUAAUUGCAGGAAUGUAGGAACUUGUGAUAUUUAUGAGUAGUGAAUUUUGAUGAAAAAUUCAAUUAUAUUCCAUGUUCUUUUGUCACGUGAUCAGUUAACAAAUGGUACAUAGUGGCUUGUGUUCUGUACUUGACAUUAUGUAUUUCAGUUCUUGACAUACGCUGAAAAAACCCAAAAAGGCUGAUAUUUGAGUGGAAUGUUUUAUUGGCCUAUGUAUAACCAUAGCACUGAAGAUGGUAUAGGCCUUGACAUCAAAUAUAAUCUGUUUGCAGUACAGAAUUAAUAUUAAACAAAUGUAAUGGCUUGAGAUGCUUGAAAGAUUGUGGUUAUGGUAACACUGCACAGAUUCAUUUACUGUGAGAAACUGAACAAAUGUUCUACUAUAAAGAAUAUAAAGUAUUUAGCAUAAAGCGUCAACAAACUUUACAUUUGUAACCAUACUUAAUUGUUAUACUUGUGCGGGAGUGUCAAACUCGAUUUCAUUGAGGGCUGCAUCAGGGUUGUGUUUGACCUCUAGAGGCUGGGGGGGCGUGGCCAACUCCAUGUCACUUGUCCUGGGGGUGCCUGUGGUGGCCCGAGCACUCUGCCAGUGAAAACCGGCACCGGAGCUCCAUUUUCGGCUCCCACACCCUUCUGCAACCCUCUGCCAGCAAAAACAGAGCUCCAUUUUUGCUGGCAGAAGCACUGUGGGCCAGUCUUCACUGUUUCCAGGACAGCCCCUGUGAGCUGGAUCUGGCCUUCAGGCCUUGAAUUUGACAUCUCUGUACUAGUGUAUACAUUAAUAUUCUUUAAUUUACAAGGUUUAGUGCAUUGGUAUAUUGAUAUUCAACUGCUAUAAUAGGGAUAUCCAACUUUCUUCUAGAUCUUGUAGCUGUACUGUGAAUAUAUGCUAGGUCUCGGUUAUUUAUGUUGUUCUAGUUAAAGUGUACAGGUGUAUUUUCAGUUAAUGUAAACACGUAGGUAAAAAAAUUCACAACCAUACACACAAUUGAAAAUACUUGAAUUCUAGUUCCAACUGGGACAAUCUUUCCCAUUGUGAAAACAGAUUUUUUUUGUUUUGUUUUGCUUUAACUAUAUGAUCAGAAUGGUGAGUUAUAAUUUCUUUCUGAUGAAUCUGACCUCUUUAAAAAAACAAUUUUCUCACAGUAGUUACUGGAAAAAAGAUCUGCAGAUCUGAAAUUAAUCUGAAGCUUGAGAAAAUAAAUAAUAUUUAACUGAUAUAUUUAAAUAAGUUCCAGUUGGAAAACUGGUGAGUAAAGAAUUGAUGUAAUAGUCCUACUAUUACAUUAGUAACAUCAUAUAGUAUUAAUACUACAGGCCACUAGCAAUAAUAGCGUGAUAGGGUCAAGAAUUAGACACUGGUUUCCCUGUAGUAGUGUCAGUUUAUAAACUGUUCAAUACUGAUACGAAUAAAAAGAUUUGAUAAGAGGGGAUGUCUAUAGGUUCUAAUAAUUCAUCUAAAACACAGGUGUCAAACUCACAGCAUCACGUUGCCAUCACAUGAUAUAUCGUGCUCUUUUUACCCUGCACGUGGCUUUGACACCCCUGAUCUAGAGUGAUAAUGUAAGAUUUGAAUGAAAUGUGAAUUAAAAGAAAUAUAUAUUUAAGCACAUGUGAAAUGAAGAAUUUCAAUACUAAUAGAAUUGACCAAUGUUAAUAUUGGCCUUGGAUAUGACAAAACUAUUUACCUGUAUUACUACAACAAUUGAAAGAUCAGUUUGCCCUAAUACUGUUGGCACAUCUGACACCAAAAUAUUGUUAACGUGGACUAAAUUAUAAAGAAACGUUUGAAAGAAUAAGAUGUACUCAUUCAUAUUCAAGAACUUUAGUUUUUCUGUUGAAGUUUGAAGAACUUAAUCAAAUAUUGCUCCUCUAAAUAUUAAUUCUAUACUGUAAUAGAAUCUUUUGAAAUUUCUGCUUCUGCUUGCAACUUUUAAAUAGUUAUGCAUGCAUUAUGGAAUAUUGGUAGCAUAAUGAAUAAGAUCUUUU